CAUGACAGGGUAACCUUUAAUCUUCAAUCCACGGCCAUUUUAUUUUUUCAGUGAGAUCCUAAACUUAGCACAGCCUCUCAGCUGCCACGUUCAAUCUGAAUGUAGUCAAACAGGCUCGGUGUCUCUGUCAUACCUGAGGUGGAUUUACAGUCUUUUCAGAGCUCACAGAGGAAACUCACUAACAGUAUGGCUGCGGACAAGUUUUCAGUGUUUUUGCUGAUCUUGAAGUCUCUGUGGACUUUAAUCAGAGCAGAUGUGGAGGUGUCCUGUAUUUUAUCGGAGAGCUGCAUCUUACCGUGCAACUUCCAUCCUGGUGCUGAGACAAUCAUCCACUGGGUUCAGGUAGCAGAAAACAUUCAGGUUCACUCCUUCUACUACAACAAAGACCAGCUCGGACACCAGAACCAGAACUUCAGAAACAGAACAUCACUGUUCAAGGACCAGAUCUCCAGAGGAAACGCCUCACUCCAGCUGACAGGGGUGGGGGUUCAGGACCAGGACAGAUAUAAAUGCUACACCAGCACCACUGGAAGAAACAAGGAGUCAUUCAUCAACCUGAGAGUGGACGCUCCAGUCAGUAAAGUCAACAUGGAGCAGGUAGGAAACAGGAUCAUCUGCAGCUCAGAGGGGAUCUACCCUAAACCUGAUCUCACCUGGUCCACCAGACCUCCAUCCAACCUGAACCUCCAGAACCAAACCAGCAUCCAGCAGACUGAGCAGCAGCUCUACAACAUCAGUAGUUCUCUGAUACUUUCAGACAGUGAAACUGAUCUGAUCUACAUCUGCACCAUCAGCACUCGAAAAAACUGGAGGAGAGUCAGUUUGUUUAAACCAACUUCCAAAACUACAUCUGACUCUGAAACAACGAUCCCCUGCACUGAGUCCAGGACUAAAACACUAACAGGCCUCGUCUGGAGAUUCAACCACAGUCAGAUCAUCGUGACCAAGUCAGGAGCUAAUGUAAAAUACACAGUGUCAGAGGAGUGGAGGCAGCAGGUGAAGGGUGUGUCAGAGUCAGGCAGCCUCAUGCUACAGGACUUAUCUUCACAUCAUGAGGGAAAAUACAGCUGUGAAGUCAGUGAUGCUGAGGAGACUCUGAUAACCAACACCUUUCUGAGGAGAGAGAAAAGUCAAGACACUGAGGUGUCCUGUGUUUUCAUGGAGAGCUGCAUCUUACCGUGCAGCUUCCAGAGCGGAGCUGAGACAAUCAUCCACUGGAUUCUGGUGACAGCAGGAGACCCUCAUGCCCACUCCUACUACAGCAACCAAGACCAGCUCGGACUCCAGCACCAGCGCUUCAGAGGCAGAACAUCACUGUUCAAGGACCAGAUCUCCAGAGGAAACGCCUCACUCCAGCUGACAGGGGUGGAGGUUCAGGACCAGGACAGAUACAGAUGCUUCACCAGCACCAUGGGAGAAAACAAGGAGUCAUUGAUCAACCUGAGGGUGGACGCUCCAGUCAGUAAAGUCAACAUGGAGCAGGUAGGAAACAGGAUCAUCUGCAGCUCAGAGGGGAUCUACCCUGAACCUGAUCUCACCUGGUCCACCAGACCUCCAUCCAACCUGAACCUCCAGAACCAAACCAGCAUCCAGCAGACUGAGCAGCAGCUCUACAACAUCAGUAGUUCUCUGAUACUUUCAGACAGUGAAACUGAUCUGAGCUACAUCUGCACCAUCAGCACUCGAAAAAACUGGAGGAGAGUCACUUUGUUUAAAACAACUUUUAUAAAUGGGUCCAACCCAGAAACAACAAUCUCCUGCCCUGACUCAAUCACCUCAAUAACAGGCUUCAGUCUCACCUGGAGAUUCAACCACAGUCAGAUCAUCCUGAACCAGAGCAGAGCUGACAUCAGCUACACAGUGUCAGAGGAGUGGAGGCAGCAGGUGAAGGGUGUGUCAGAGUCAGGCAGCCUCAUGCUACAGGACUUAUCUUCACAUCAUGAGGGAAUAUACAGCUGUGAAGUCAGUGAUGCUGAGGAGACUCUGAUAACCAACACCUUUCUGAGGAGAGAGAAAAGUCAAGACACUGAGGUGUCCUGUGUUUUCAUGGAGAGCUGCAUCUUACCGUGCAGCUUCCAGAGCGGAGCUGAUCCAGUCAUCCACUGGAUUCAGGAGACAGCAGGAAACCCUUAUGUCCACUCCUACUACAGCAACCAAGACCAGCUUGGACUCCAGGACCAGUACUUCAGAGGCAGAACAUCACUGUUCAAGGACCAGAUCUCCAGAGGAAACGCCUCACUCCAGCUGACAGGGGUGGAGGUUCAGGACGAAGAUAUAUACAAGUGUCACACCAGCACCAACAGAGGAAGCGAGGAUUCAUUGAUCAACCUGAGAGUGGACGCUCCAGUCAGUAAAGUCAACAUGGAGCAGGUAGGAAACAGGAUCAUCUGCAGCUCAGAGGGGAUCUACCCUGAACCUGAUCUCACCUGGUCCACCAGACCUCCAUCCAACCUGAACCUCCAGAACCAAACCAGCAUCCAGCAGACUGAGCAGCAGCUCUACAACAUCAGUAGUUCUCUGAUACUUUCAGACAGUGAAACUGAUCUGAGCUACAUCUGCACCAUCAGCACUCACAGCAACAGCAGGAGAGUCACUUUGUUUAAAACAAUUUUCACUUUUAUAAAUGGGUCCAACCCAGAAACAACAAUCUCCUGCCCUGACUCAAUCACCUCAAUAACAGGCUUCAGUCUCACCUGGAGAUUCAACCACAGUCAGAUCAUCCUGAACCAGAGCAGAGCUGACAUCAGCUACACAGUGUCAGAGGAGUGGAGGCAGCAGGUGAAGGGUGUGUCAGAGUCAGGCAGCCUCAUGCUACAGGACUUAUCUUCACAUCAUGAGGGAAUAUACAGCUGUGAAGUCAGUGAUGCUGAGGAGACUCUGAUAACCAACACCUUUCUGAGGAGAGAGAAAAGUCAAGACACUGAGGUGUCCUGUGUUUUCAUGGAGAGCUGCAUCUUACCGUGCAGCUUCCAGAGCGGAGCUGAUCCAAUCAUCCACUGGAUUCAGGUGACAGCAGGAAACCUUUAUGUCCACUCCUUUUACAACAACCAAGACCAGCUCAGACUCCAGAACCAGCACUUCAGAAACAGAACAUCACUGUUCAAGGACCAGAUCUCCAGAGGAAACGCCUCACUCCAGCUGACAGGGGUGGAGGUUCAGGACCAGGGAGGAUACAGAUGCUACACCAGCACCAUGAGAGGAAAAGAAGAGUCAUUCAUCAACCUGAGAGUGGACGCUCCAGUCAGUAAAGUCAACAUGGAGCAGGUAGGAAACAGGAUCAUCUGCAGCUCAGAGGGGAUCUACCCUGAACCUGAUCUCACCUGGUCCACCAGUCCUCCAUCCAACCUGAACCUCCAGAACCAAACCAGCAUCCAGCAGACUGAGCAGCAGCUCUACAACAUCAGUAGUUCUCUGAUACUUUCAGACAGUGAAACUGAUCUGAUCUACAUCUGCACCAUCAGCACUCACAGCAACAGCAGGAGAGCAGCUUUGUGUAAAACAAACACUGAGGUGUCCUGUGUUUUCAUGGAGAGCUGCAUCUUACCGUGCAGCUUCCAGAAUGACACUGAUCCAGUCAUCCACUGGAUUAAGGAGACAGGACAUAUUCCUGUCCACUCCUUCUACAGCAACCAAGACCAGCUCACAGACCAGGACCAUCAGUACAUAAACAGAACAUCUCUGUUCAAGGACCAGAUCUCCAGAGGAAACGCCUCACUCCAGCUGACAGGGGUGGAGGUUCAGGACCAGGGAGGAUACAUUUGCUGCAUCAGCACCAUGAGAGGAGAGGAGGCAUCAUGCAUCAACCUGAGAGUGGACGCUCCAGUCAGUAAAGUCAACAUGGAGCAGGUAGGAAACAGGAUCAUCUGCAGCUCAGAGGGGAUCUACCCUGAACCUGAUCUCACCUGGUCCACCAGACCUCCAUCCAACCUGACCCUCCAGAACCAAACCAGCAUCCAGCAGACUGAGCAGCAGCUCUACAACAUCAGUAGUUCUCUGAUACUUUCAGACAGUGAAACUGAUCUGAUCUACAUCUGCACCAUCAGCACUCGCAGCAACAGCAGAAACACCACUUGGAGAAAACCACACACUGAGGUGUCCUGUGUUUUCAUGGAGAGCUGCAUCUUACCGUGCAGCUUCCAGAGCGGAGCUGAUCCAGUCAUCCACUGGAUUCAGGAGACAGAAGGAAACCUUUAUGUCCACUCCUUCUACAGGAACAAAGACCAGCUCGGACUCCAGGACCAGUUCUUCAGAGGCAGAACAUCACUGUUCAAGGACCAGAUCUCCAGAGGAAACGCCUCACUCCAGCUGACAGGGGUGGAGGUUCAGGACCAGGGCAGAUACAGAUGUCACACAAGCACCAUGAGAGGAAACAAGGAUUCAUUGAUCAACCUGAGAGUGGACGCUCCAGUCAGUAAAGUCAACAUGGAGCAGGUAGGAAACAGGAUCAUCUGCAGCUCAGAGGGGAUCUACCCUGAACCUGAUCUCACCUGGUUCACCAGUCCUCCAUCCAACCUGAACCUCCAGAACCAAAGCAGCAUCCAGCAGACUGAGCAGCAGCUCUACAACAUCAGUAGUUCUCUGAUACUUUCAGACAGUGAAACUGAUCUGAUCUACAUCUGCACCAUCAGCACUCGCAGCAACAGCAGGAGAGUCACUUUGUUUAAAACAAAGAAAUCAACCAAUGUUGGAGACAUUAUAUGCAGGGUGCUUGCAGUCAUUGUGUUCAUAGCAGAAGUAGCAGCAGCAGUUUUCCUGGUGCUAUACUGUAAAAUGAGAACAGGUCGACAAGAAAACAACAGGAGAGAGUCAAACAAUGAUAGAAACCAAGAGGAGAUGGGCUUUACAGCUUUCUGAACCUACAGAGGAAGAUCAAGACAAAAAGACACAUGUGGGGUUUGAAUCUGUGGAGGUGAAGACUCUGGUCACACACUCCAGUUAAAUACAUGUAUAUACACUUAGCAUGAAGCUAGGUAAUAUAGAGCUACCCACCUUUAUAUAUACUGUGUAUUCUGCACUUUAAUUUUUCAUUGCUCUAAAAUGAUUCUCAUCAUUAUGAUUGUUGAUAUUUGUAUAUCUGUGUUUGUACAUUUUAUUUAUUACUCAGUACUUGCUUAUUUUAUAUGUUUCAUGUUUUCUUGUUGGAAUAAAUUGAUUCUGUGCUGCUGUUUUCCAGCAUCACCACUAGAUGGUGGUGUUGCUUUGUUAGC